GUUUCAAGACAUCACAGUCUAGCACUGUGCAGCACUCUCAAUAGCGGGGUUCCAAACCUUCCAACUAGUUCACUACGCGUGGUGUGUUAGUCCCACUGCAGUACAACACAAAUGGUACUGGUAUGCUGCUUACAAGAUUAAACGGCGAAAUGGCUCGCGCGGAGCUUGGACUGGCAUUACCGUAGCUCUUGGUCUAAAUGGCCGAUGAAGGAGCCCAGCACUGCUAGCUUUGGCCAAACGCCUGGUCGAAACACACGCUGGGGUCAGAGCCACGCUGCUGGGUGUAGCUGGCAUCGCCUUUGAUGCUACCCGGCCAGAUCAGUGGGCCAGAAAGUGGCGGCAAUGGCAGCAGCGCCGGUACCCGGCCAACCGGCGAUGGCAUUGCCGUCGCUGUGGGUGUCGGCUCGUCAACGGAGCGGCCCGCCACGCCGUUCAUGUCGGGCCCCAGCGCCCACUUGCCACCGCCGCCGCUGGCGUCACUAGCGAUGCCACCACCGCCCAUACUCAGGGUGAGCCUUGCUGGCGGCAUGGCUGGCAGCACGUCUGGCGGCGGCAGCCCCGCGGCGCCAGCCGCCCUGGGGGCAGGCAGUGGAGGCGGUGGAAAUAGCAGCCCUAGCGGCCGCGGUUUCGCGCCCAGCCCCAGCGGCCGCGGUUUCCUUAUGCCGGGCCCUAGCGGCCGUGUCAGCCACGCAGGUGUUGGCAACAGCCCCAGUGGCCUCGGCCUGGCCGCCAGUCCCAGCGGCGGCUGGACCAGCAGUGCUAACGGGGUCGGGGUCAUCGGCGCAGGCGGGAUGGGCGGCCGCAUAAGCAAUGGUGGAAAUGGUCUCGGCAUUGGAGCGACCGAGGCGGCGGUGGCACCUGUCGUGAUGGCGACCGCGGAGGCGGUGGAGGCACUGGGCGGAGCAGGAGCUGGCGAUGUGUCUGCGGCGACGCCCUCGAGCAUGACAGGUGUAACGCCGCUGCUGAGCCGAGGCCGAGGCUGGCCCGCUGGCGACGACAGAAUUGCAGGUGCUCUCCCCCAGACCACUGAAGGACUUGGCAUUGGCAAUGAUGCAAGCAGCAGUGGUAUACCCAGCCCAGCGCCGUCUACGGGCGGCGGUCCGGGUGUCGGCGGUGGUGCCAUCAGUGGCCGCCACUGGAUAUCCGGCGCCGCCGCGCGGCUCAGCACAGGCAGUGGCGGCGGCACCAGCGCGGGCUGGUUGGGGGGUGCAUCGGUUGCGUCCGCGACGGGCAAUGAGCUGCCGUCUGGUUCGAGCAUAGACAUCUCCUCCAUGGCCCGACUCGACAGCGACGUGGGGCCUCCGGAAGCACGCGGGAUGGACCCGCCGACGCCAUCGGCGCUGGCUGCAGCGGCGCCGUCGAGCGCAGCACCGGCGCUGACGCAGCUCCCCUUUCCGUCAGCCGGGCUUAUCGUGACUGCGGCCAUGGCCGCGGCGGGCGUCAGCCAGUCGGGCGACUCGGCAGUGACGCUGGCUCGGCAGUUGGGCGUAGGUGGUCAUGAGGAGGACGGUGCCGCCGUUGCGCCGUCGGCGGACUCGACCACAGCGUUGCUUGGGAUGGAGGCGUCAACGAUUGCACGACACCUAGGCAUUGGUGAGGGUGGACACGCUAGCAUUGGGGAAGGACGGACGGGCAGCGACGGGGAUUCUGACGGCGAGGUUGUGACACUGCGCCAAAGCGGUGCUGGCGCGAAUGGCACUGCCGCCGCCUCUGCAGCUGCCGCUGCUGGGCAGCGGCCGAUGACUUCACCAACUGCGCUCUUCGGCGAGGCGUCGCCGGCGUCACUGCCCAUGCCAUCAGCAGCCAGGGCUGCUAGCGCCGCAGGUGGGCCGCGCCCGGCACCGCCAACGCUGGCGGCAACUGCGACCGCGGCUACUGGUGGCGCCGGAGGUGGCGGUAACGCAGUGUCGUUUGGGCUGAGCACCAAUGGAGGCGGGCGCGACAGCACCGACGGCGUCGGUGCAAGCAACAAGCGGCCGCCGCCCGGCACGCCGCGGCGGCCUCGCCCGGAUGAGAUCGGCCGCACCGAGUACCUCACCGGUUGCCCGCCCCAGGGUCUCGAGUAUCAGACCAUCCUGCGCAUCCACCAGCGUGCCAUCCUGUGCGGCGCUGUGCGCAAGUGCGCGCGCCUUGGCGACGCCUUUGCGGGCGGCCGCUCUUUUCGUGGCCACCGCUCCUUUAAGGCCGCAGGCCACCGGUCGUUCAAGGCCGGGCGCCGACAAAGCAUCGGCGGCGGCGCCAGCACCACGCCUGGCGGUGGCGCGAAUGGCGGCGGCGGGGGGCGCGCCCCGGCAUGGCUGCUGCUGAGUGGCGGCGAGGACGGCUACGUGCUGUGGGACCUGGGGCGCGGUCGGCCGCUGCUCAUGUCGCUGGAGGAGUCAGGGCCGUGGGCUGCGGCGUCAGCUGCUGCAACGCCGCCCCCGUUUGGUCCGGCACCGCCGCCGCCCGCUGCUGCUGCGGCAACGCUGGACAAUGACCUGGAGCGGCGGUCAUCAGUGAACGUCGCUGUGCCCUCGGCCGCGCCCACUCGGCCACCGCCCACCAACAUGGCUGCCUUCAAGCAGUACCUGUCCCUGAGGCGGCCGGGAGUGCCCACCACAGCAGCAGCCGCUGCCGCUGACACAGACUCGGACACAGACGACGAAAACGCAGACGACCCCCUGAGGCGAGCGCGCAAGGCCGCGCGGCUUGCGGCGGCGGGCGCCUACGCGGACGCCGCCACUGCUGCGGGAGCGCUGCCGAACGGCAAGUCGCCGCCGCAGGCAGCAAACAUGCUCAAGGAGAGGACAAUGCAGAGGCCAGGCGGCGCCAAGGCUGGCAGGCCGGGCUUUGGCGCCAACGGGCCGCCGUCAGCAGGCUUGCCGGGGAUGCUGCACUCGAGCGGCGAGGAGAGCGGUGGCGAGGGCGGUGAGGAGGACGGCGCGGCGGCGGCGUGGCAGGGCGCCAGCUACCGCAACAUGAUCACGGCGGUGGCGUUUGUGAGCGACUACUCCUGGGCCACGUGCCACCCGGGCGGCGCCAUCCGCGUGUGGCGGGCCAACACGGACUACACGUCUGCCUUCUUGGAGCGCACGCUCACCGGCCACACCGGCUACAUCAACAACAUUGCCAGCUACUGCGGCGGGCGGCUGGCUGUGACCACGGGUCUGGACACCACGGCCCGUAGCUGGGACCUGACGGAGGGGCGCCAGAUCGCCUGCUUCACGGAGCAUGAAAACGAGGUGACGGCUGUGGCAGUGAUGGACAGCGGCAAGAUGGCUCUGACCACUGCCGAGGUGGUGCCCGAGGUGGCAUCGGCCAUGCUGUGGGACCCCAAGACAGGCAAGCUGUUCCACACGCUAGUGGGGCACCACGGCUGGCUGCACGGCGUGGCCCUCAGCGAGCGGCGCAAGAUUGCAGUGGCGGUGGGCGAGCACGCCACGCUGUUCAUUUGGAACACCGAGACAGGCAACCUGCUGCUGUCCAAGCGUGUAGCCAGUGACGGCGUGCAGCGCUGGGCUUCAAUCAACAGCGACGGCAACUUCCUGUGCUUCGGCUCGGCGGAGGGUGUUGUGCGAGUGGUGGAGACCUACUAUGGCUGCGAGCUGGCGCGUUUCGACAGCACCUGGGUGGAUAACGAGUUCCACUCCAUCAGCGCUUGCUUCUUCUGCGAUGACGAGCUGCACGACGACCCCGAGCACUGGAACAACAAGUUCCUGUCGCUCAAAAGCGAUGGCCAGGACGUCAAGCGGCUGUUUGGGUCACUCGACGCGGCGCCAGCCACCCUGGCCCGUACCAUCUCCACCAAGACCGGCGGCGCAGUCGUCCCCGGCGGCGGAGCCGGUGGUGGCGGUGGCGGCGGCGGGGCUGGCGGGCCGCCCGGCAUCGCCACCUCCGCCAUGAGCACGCUCAUCCCGCCCCGCGGCGGCGACCACGGCAAUCGCAGCAUGAUCCGAAGCAAAAUGGUGCACAGCGUGCGGGCGGCUGCAGCCAUCGCCGCCAUCGGCCGCGCGGCGGCAGCGGGCGCCAUGUCCGACGACGGGCACUCGGACUUCGACGAUGAGCUGCUGAUCGACGAGGACGACCCCGACCUGCUGCCGGACACCGAACCAACCGCCAACGGUGCCGGAGGCGGCGACCGGGCCGCCGCCCUCGCCCGCGCACGCCAAAGUGGCGGUGGGGCCCCACCCAACGCCGCCUCCGCGGCCUCCACAUCCAUGUUCACCUUCGGCAACCUGCGCAGCCGUAUCGGUGGGGGCACGGGCGACAGUGCCAGCAACAACACAAGCAACGGCGCCGAGCCGAGUAGCCCCGGCGCCGGGAACUACAAGUCCAUGGGCCUUAAGGCGUCGGUGAGGGCCAUGGCGGCGUCGCACGGCGCCGGCAGUCGCCGGGUGACACCUCUGCCCCGGCAGCUGGAGCGAGUCAACACAGCCAACAAGGUCAAGCGGCUGCCGGCGACACAGCCAAAGGCCAAGGAGCCCGCCGCGGGAGGCAAGGCAGCACGCUUUGCUCUCCCCGCCGACGCCGACGACGAGCCCAGCCAGCCCUCCGUGGACGGCGCAAACAGCAACGGCGGCGGCAGCGAUGCCGACACGCUGGCGACCGCGGCCUCGCCGCUCAGCCGCACCCGCUUUGCGCCCAACGCCGCUUUGCCCAGCGCCAACUCGGACUCUGACAAGGACGCAGGGGCCAAACGCGCCUCCUCAGUGGCGCCGUCGCCCCCCGGCGCCGCCAGCAAUGGGCUGCUCGGCCCGCCAUCAACGCUGCCUAGCGUGGCGGCGCACCUGCCCUCGCAGCCCAUGCGGCCCUUCGCAAAGAUCAAGUCGAUGGCUCGUGGAGCGGGGCCGGCGGGGCUGCCGGGCGCGGCCGCUAACGCGGCUGCGUCCAAGGACAGCCCCCUAGUAGCGGCGAAGGAGGCAGCAGGAGGCGGUGGAGGCGGAGGUGGUGUGCCGGUGGGGUCCCACCAUCCAGUGGUGCGGCUCAGGACGGGCACGGGGAUGAGCGGCGAUAGCAUCAGCCGCAAGCGGCUGCACCAGGGCGGCGGCAACAGCUCGCGACCCAACAGCGCUGGCAGCGCGGCGGGCAGUAUUGGGGGCGCCCGCCACGGCACGCUGGGCGGCGGCGGCAGUGCGCAGGGUGGGCUGGGCGGCGGCGUGGCGCGCAGCGGCCCCAGCGGCGCCAACCUGCAGGAGCUGCUGGCGGAGCGUGACGCCACAGAGCUGGAGAUGUCGCCCUUUGGCCGCCGCAUCGUGUCGUUGUCGGGCGACGGCACCGUGCGCGUGUGGAGCCUACUGGGCGUGUCGGUGCGCCGCGAGCUGCCGCGCCACCCCGAGAUGGUGAACGAGGUGGCCAUCAGCCGCGACCGCAGCCUGGUGGUUACCGUCACAGAGAACGAAGGCUGCCUCCGCGCCUUUUCGCUGUCCACGGGCCACCUGGUCACCACGGUUCCGGCGCACGUGGGCUUCGACUGCGACGGAGUGGCGCUCAGCGAUGACGCGCGGCUGGUGUCGUACGACCCGUACACUCGCGACUACGAACUGGAGGGUACGGCGGUCACCUGCUCUGACGACACGACCAUCAAGAUCUGGGACCUGUCCAAGAAGGGCGGGCCCGCGUGCGUGCGGAUAUUGUACGGCCACGCGGGGGGCGUCACGGGCGUGUGCUGGGUCCCCGGAUCCAGCCGCGUGCUAAGUGUGGGCGAGGAUCGAUCCGUGCUGGAGUGGGAGGCGGGGCCAGCGGGCGGCAGCGCCCCCGUGGCGCGCAUGGACCAUGUGCACGAAGACGCCAUCAUCGCAGUGGUGACCUCGCACGACGGCCGGCGCGCUCUGACCUGCUCCAUGGACCGCACCGCCCGCCUGUGGGAGCUGCUGCCCACACGCGGCUCCACCUCGCGCGUGCCCGUGCCCGCGCUGGCACAUGUAGCGCCCGCCUCGACCUCAGCCGCCAUAGCCGCCGCGGCAGCCGCGAUCGGCGGCCCCGCGGCGGGCGGCGCCGGCGCUCUAGAGCCGCAGGCGGCGUCGCGGUCCGAACUGCAUCGCUUCACGCACGACAACAGCGUCAUUCACGGGGCCUUCUCGCCGGACGGGCGCCACAUCGUGACGUGCGGCGCGGACUGCACCGUGCGCGUGUGGGACGCGGACAACGGCAAGCAGCUGAUGUGCUUUGAGGGCCAUUCGCGCACCGUGACGCGCUGCCUGUACCUCAACAGCUACGUGGUGGCCACUGCCUCACGCGACGGCACCAUCCGCUGCUGGGAUGUGCAGCGCAAGCGCCGGCUGCCCUCUGUGGCUCCGCCCUUUGCUCUGGAGGCGGAUUCGUUUGAGGCUAUGGUGCUGCUGCCCAGCCAGCGCUGCGGCUACGGCUUCCCCGAGGUGCUGGCCAGCCUCACAAGUGGCCGAGUGGUGGUGUACGACCCCACCUACCGCCAACCGCUGCCGGAGCAGCUGCUGCUGCAGCUCAACCCCGACCUGGAGCUGCUCGGGCCGCCCGACGUGGAGGACCUUGUGGUGGACUUCCCCGGACUACUGGUGAUGCCCAUCCGCGACGGCAACACCAUGCUGCACAUGGCGGCUAUGUCGGGCGACUUUGUGCUGCUGCGGGCGCUGCUGGCCGGCAUUGCCGGCAGCGCCGCAGCCGGAGGCAGCGGCGGCGGUCCCAGCCGCUCCCAGGCCAAUGACGCGGCGGCGGCGAACGGCUACGGCUACUACGGCUUUGCGCCGCCGCUGCCCCUCAACUUCGUGGGCCAGACGCCUCUGGACUUGGCGGUGGCGGCAGGCCACAGGCGUUGUGCGGAGCUGCUGCUGGGCACGGAGCUGUGCCGGCCGCCGGAGCAAAGGCUGGCGGUGCUGCGGGCCUGGAACAUGCUUGCGGAGGAGAUGCCCACACUGCUAGUGACCUUCCUCAAGGCACUGAGCCUGGACCCUGUGACUGGUCUGGAGGAGGAUGUGCUGUUUGCGCCCAUGCGAGCCGCGGACGAGGUGAUGACUCAGGGCGCUGAGGACCUGGCGGCGGCGGACCUGUGGCUGGACCACGUCAACCAGCUGAGAGAGGACCUGGAGAGGCUGCCCUGGUACGCGCACGUGUGGCCGCUGCGACACUGGAUGCGCGACUACCGCGAGAAGCCCACGCGCCCCUCCAUCGCGGGCCUGCCCUAUGUGGCGCUGUCGGCACGGAACAUGGAACACUCGCCACUGGGCGUGCUUGUGCAGCACGGCCUCAGCCAGGCCCUGGCCAGUGAUGUGAUGUACGCGGUGUUGUUCUACAAGUGGGAGUCCUUCGCGAGGACCAUCUUCAUGAAGGAGUCUCUUGUGUUCAUCGCCUUCCUGGCCCUGUACCUGGUGGCCAGCACCAUGUCUGUGCUGCAGUCCCCACACGUGCGCUUCGAGGAGCUGUACGACAUGAGCAGGUGGCAGAACAUCAUCCGUGUGGUGCUGGAGGCGGUGGUGGCGCUCAUGGCCCUACACGACAUAUACGGCGAGGUCACCGAGGUGGUGAACGCGGGCUGGUACAUGUACCUGACCGGCAGUCAGGGAAGCUGGAACGGCAUUGAGAUGAGCUCAUGCAUUGGCAUACUGCUGGCAUUUGGGCUGCAGCUGGGCUCCUUUGAGGGCGGCUCGCGCUUCAUGAUGUCGCUCACCACCAUCCUGCUGGGGCUGCGGCUGCUCAAGGUGGCCUCCGGCCCCGAGCACACCGGCGUGUUUGUGCAGGCGCUGCUGCGCAUCGUGGCCAACCUGCGCUUCUUCAUCCUGAUCCUGGUGGUGCUUGUGCUUACCUUCAGCUUCGCCUUCUGGCAGAUCAUGUCCAUCGACCUGCCGCAAAAUGAGGACCACCGCGAUGGCCAGGACUUCGACACGCUGGGGAACACAAUCGUCCAGGCGUACGCGCUGGGUGUGAUUGGCCAGAUGGACGGCAACAUCGGCCAGGACUUUGCCUGGCGGCCGUGGGUGCAGGUUCUUGCUCUGACAUACACCUUCCUCGUUACUGUCAUCCUGCUCAACCUGCUGGUAGCGGUCAUGAGCGACACAUACAGCGUUGUCAAGGAGCACGCCCGCUCCGAGUGGCUGCUGCUGCGCGCCAAGCUGAUCCUGGAGAUUGAGUCCAGCCUGCCAGACGGGUUCUUCAAAGACACGCAGAGGUCGUGCCCGCGCUGGCUGCACUGUCUCAAGGUGGACUCGUCUGGCGGGCGGCGCGGCGACGAGAGCCUUAUAGAGAGCAUGCGCGGGCCCAUCGCCCGCAAUGUGCUCAACACAGACCUCAAGCAGACCGAGAGCCGGCUGGUGGACGAACUGCACGACGUGCGCGACACGCUGCGGCUGUUGCACGCCGACGUGGGUACAUUGCGCACCGCGCUGGCGGCAGGCGGCGUGUCGCUGCCGGUCGGCGGCGCCUCCGCCAACCCCAUCUACGCGCCCCUGGGCGUGGGGGGCACCAGCCAGCGCUUUGGCAGCAGCACCGUAGGCGGUGGUGGCGGUGGUGGUACGCUGGCUGGGCUGUUCGGAGGAGGCCCGGCUGGCGGCAACGGCCCGGGCAGUGCGGCGAUGCCGGCCUGGAGCAGCAGUGGCGGCGUGGGGUCUGCGGCGGUGGGCUUCAACGCGCGGCUUCAGAGCCCGCCUGUGGUGCGGCUCACCAGCCUCAGCAGCGAGCGCGGGCUGCGCAUCGGGUCCACCUCGACCUCGCGCCACUCGCUGUUUGAUCGCGACAGCCGCAAGCACCUGUAUUGAGCAGGCGGCGAGGGCGUCGGCCUCGCUGAAUGAAGCGGCGGGUGCGCGGGUGGUUUUGGGUCCUGGCUUGCAGAUGUGGAUGCGGUGGAGCCGGGCAAGGGCGUGCUCCCGAUCUUUGUCCUACACGGAUUUGGGCGGCAAGUUGCAACGCUGUGCAAGUAGGCUGAGCUAACGGCCAGGCUCCUUGCUUUAAAACCAUUGAGACAGAAGAAAAAUCAUACUAGCGCUCCGCCCUCCCGGUAGCAGCGUGUUGAGUACCUCUUUCACCUCUUGAGUACCGUGGUUGCACCCAGGGGCGGUGUGCCUCAUCCCGUUGAGACAAUACGCGGUACCGUGCAGGCAGACAGUUUGAGUUCAUUUGUCGCACUACGGUCGGACAUUGAGCCGAAACCAGGCUUGCCGAUGGCUUGAUGGCCCAUGUGGCUUGGAUGCACACUGGGAGAGACGACGUCCUCACUUUGGCUCUAUUGCACAUGCUGUGACCUAAGCCCACAUGCCUUUACGGAUUGGGCUUCUGUUUGCUUUUCGUUGUACGCCAGUGCAUGGGGGGCCGCAUGCAUUCAUCUACGGACGGCGCCAUUACAGCUUGAGGAUUAGGACGCGGAACAGUGGAUGCCAGGCGCGAGAUUAAACUGCAAUUGUGAGUGGUGGGUUCAGACACGGGACUGGAGUUCGCUGUUGCUUCUUUCUUCAUAACAAGUCGGACGGGAUGGCGUGUGCAUGGGCUAGAUUUACUCACAUUUUGUUCGUCUGAACUUGCUGGCACUGUUUCUACACAGAGGACACGACAAAGCAUCCAUUCGCCUUCUCGUUGUUGUAUCCAUGUGAGUGCAAGAGUAUACUUCAGGGCAGACCCCAGGAAACACCUGGCUGUUGUUUAACCUGGUUCCAGAGCUGUUGCAUGGAGCCAGGGCGUAGCUGUCACUCAACCUGCACGUGGCAGGCGUGCAGUAGGGUAGCUCUGGGCCUCAGGCCGUGGGGUUACCGUGUUCAUCAAGAUACGCUUGUGUAACGUAAUCAGUGAAUGUGUUGAGCGUAGGUUUGACGAUUGGAGCACUGGAGUGUUUGCAUGGUACUGUGGUCCGACCGGAAAGGCCAGUGGCAGGCAACCCAGGGGCUGCUGUAAACCAAGCAGUAGGCCCCGCGAGUAGGCCCUGAUGACGAGAUAACCACCCUUGG